AAAGAAACCUGAGGCAGUUAUAAAGCUAAGUUUUAGUUUCAUGUUGCUUCUAACAUAGCAGAGAAACUACUUAGAAAAAAAGUUGGUUGUGAGAAUUCUGAGUUCAUCCUUUUGCUUUAUGGCUACCUAACAAGUUUUCUGGGGAGGAAAAAGCAUGUCAGGAAACUCUGGAUGCCCCUUCUUUUUCUGGGGACUUUUAGCCCUCUUGGGAUUGGCUCUGAUUAUAUCACUGACCUUCAAUAUUUCCCACUACAUAGAAAAGCAGCGACAAGAUAAAAAUUAUGGCUACUCUGAUGGCUUCAUUCCAAGGAGUGAUGAAUAUGAUAUCGAAGACACUCCAAUUUAUGGUAACUUGGAUAGUAUCGUUGCAGAACCAAUGGAUGAAAAUUGUUAUGAACAAAUGAAAGCCCAACCACAAAGAUCUGUAAAUGACAUGAAAGAAGCCACCCCAUCUGCACAGGUAGCUGCUGAAUCACAGAUGUGCUACGCCUCACUUAAUCACAGCUACAGGGGGAAACGUAGGAAGCCCAGGAAACAGAACAUCGACUUAACAGACACGGAUACAGAUGAGCAAUUACCUGGGAGGGAUGCCAGUGUUUUGAGAACCGACUUGGUAGAUGCUUUCUCACCAGGAAGCCAGCCAAUAGAAGAAAAUAUUCAUGAUGAUCCCAUCAGACUAUUUGGGUUGAUCCGUGCUAAGAGAGAACCUGUAAACUAACUAGACUGUGAUUUAGUUCAAUGGCAAUGCUUUGGUCGAGAUGAGAGUUCAUGUUAGUGCCUGCCUAGGAUGUAUGAGAUCCUAGUACCACCAAAAACAAAGAAAAAAGA